GUGUGCUUAACGGCGUGACUUUUUUUUUUGAAGACACGGAGUGAAAACAUUCAGUUUCAACUGUGAAAACUCUGCAAAGUUUUGCUGGUUGGAUGCAAAGUUUUGCUGGUUGGAUUCAAAGUUUGUGAAAUGGCUAGGCAGAAUGUGUUGCAGCUCCUGCACGUCGCCAUCUUGUGCCUCCAGCUUCUUCUGCCCUCGUUGCUCGGUGAGAAUCUGCUGUGCUACUUCAGCCCCAUCCAGGAGAAGGAGAAGAAGUCUGAAGUUAUUGUGACGGAGUGUCGUCCAGGAGAGGUGUGCUUCAAGGCUAUGGGUCGCUACGGAAACUUCACAGCCCUGUCGGCCAUGGGGUGUGUGUUGGAGGACAGCUGUAGGAGACAAAGCAACCUCCGUGUCAGAGGGACGGUCUAUGCACUGACCUACAUCUGCUGCGACUGGUCAUACUGUAACUCAGGGGUCACAGUCAAACCUUUUUAUUUCCUUGUACCACUUGUGGCUCUCUCCACCAUGGCUUGUUUGUGAGUGAAAUAAGUAACGGCUAAGGGGGAGGGGGGGGGGGGGGGGACAUCCUGCCUGAAAACUCAGUGAUGUGCACCUUCCUAACGCCACAGUUGUUUUUUUAUGCUGUAUUUUGUUCUGGUGAGUGUUUAUGUUUCUUUUAUUCCAAGAUCUGUCAAUAAAUA